AGACAAAGUUAACAAAAACAACAAACACAAGGCUGGUGGAAAACCGAAAGAUGACAGGAAUGGCCAAUUGAAAUAUACAUGAAUUUGCGGGUUACGACAUUUUACAAACAAAUGAUACAAUUUAUCCGAGCGUUAGAUGGCUGAAUGUGAAGCUGUGAAACCCAAAGUCCCCCAAUGACCCCUGACCCCAUCCUCUUAAUUCCAGGCCAGCUUUGACUGUAAAAGUUGUAGGCAUCAAGUGGCUUGUGAUAAUCUAAGAAACCUGACAGUGCCCACAGAGAGGAGGAGGAGGGAGGAUCCAAGACCCAGUCAACGGGGAGUGAGGCCCACUCCUCACCCACUAAGAUGCCUUUCUUUAAGAAGAAGCCUACAGAGCCCAAGAGCAAUAAGGAUGUCUGGGAGGUAGAGGUGAUAAUGCAUAAGCAGAGCAAUGAGGCUAAGAAGCGGAUGGAGCACUGCCAGUUCUUGGCUCAAGCUUCACCGGAACCGAACUAUGAUUUAUCAAAGUGUGAGCUGACAGAGGUGCUAGCGGGAACAUAUUCUCAGUGCAAGGUGUUAAGAAAAGAGGUUUUAAUCAUGAGUGAUAAUCUACUUUCAUCACUAAAUGGUGGAGGCAACAUCAAGGACCUAUCGCUGCUCAGGGUCCUUGAUUUGAGAAACAAUCGUUUUGCUCAGCUUCCGGAUGCUCUUACGGAGCUCGGACAACUACAAGUUCUCGAUGUCACAGAUAAUAAACUAAAACAGCUGCCAAAGAGUAUAGGCAAGCUACAUGCACUACAGACGCUCAAUGCAAGAGGCAAUUCUUUGAAAGAGCUUCCAGACAGCGUGUGUCAGAUGAAAUCUUUGAGAACGUUAGACAUCUCCCACAAUCAAAUCAGAUCAUUACCAAGGAGGUUCUGCAAUAUCAGGACAUUAGAGAGUUUAACCCUUGAUAUCGAUCACAUGACCUACCCAACGCCUGACAUAUGCCAGGAUGGAACAGAUAGUAUCAUGAAGUUUAUGUGUGCAGAAAAUGGUAUAGAGUAUUCCCCACCGUCUAAACACCUCUUACCUGUGCUGAACACAUACACAAGAGAAACGGAGUCGUCAAGCUCCGCCCUCCAAGCAUUGCAACGCGAGGACGACCAACUGAACAGCUCAGUUCUUAAAUAUGAGACCAAGAGAAACCAGAAGCAGAGUGACUUUGUCCGGUUGGAACAGGAGCUGGCCCAGCUAGAGGCCCAGCAGGCCCAGAUUGCCGAGUCCUCCAACAGGAACAGGGUUUUGUUACUACAGUCACUUGCGAGGGACCAAGAAGAAGCUGAUCAUAAUAUCAGGAAUAUCCAAGAGAAAUCUGAAAGUGACAAAAGACAGAUGAUAUCCUCAUUACAAGAAGUUGAGCACAGAUCAGCAUAUCUCAUCCAACAGUUGCUGGAGAUGAAUGAAAAGGCCAAAAAGAAAGAAGCAUUCCUAGAUGAAAUGGAAAGAAAGAUGAUGGAAGAUGAGAAGAUGUUCAAGAUUCAGGAGGAGGAGAGAAAGCUGGUGAGAGAGAAUGAAGUACUGGUAUCCAUGGAACGCAUCCUAAGAGAGAGACACGCCUUUGAAUCACAGAGACUCAAGUAUGAGGAGCACAGGGAUAGCGUCACCAAGCAGGCCAUGGACAUAGAUGAAUUAGAGAUGCAAAAGCUUGGACGCCAGCUCAGCUCAAUCAAGCAGAACCGAGACGAGAUAUUCAAGGAACUCAUGGAGGAGGAAGAAUUCCAACGCCAAGCCUUUGAGACACUCCUCAUCAACAAGGACGCGAGACAUAAGAGACUAACAGAUACGAUCUACAUGAUUCAGCAGCAGCUAGCCGAGGUCACGAUGGCAGAGAUAGAGAAGCGGAACAUGAAGGCCGAUUCAGCCUCGCUGGCCCUGGAGCAGAAACGGGAAGACCUAGCGGCCUUGCUCAAACAGCUCAUGAUGCAGAGAGAGGAGAGAGAAGGAGCACUCAAACAGAGAAUGCUGGAGAUGGAGGAGCUGAGAGAGAGGACGGAGCAGGAUUACUGGCUGGUGCAGUAUCAGAGGCUGCUGGAUAAGAAACCCCAGUCACUUAUCGAUCAGGAACACAAGCUGGAGCUUGCUGUGGUCGAUAUCUUACAAGAGGCUGGUGCCGAAGACUACAUCCCUAGAUUUGCAAGGCAUCGCGUUUCCAUAGAAACCAUGAUGCAGAUGGGAAUGGAUGAAUUGAGAGAGAUCGGUGUGCACGAGGUCGGUCUGCGUAAGGCCAUCCUGACGGCUGUCCAAGGCUACGUCCAAGCCCAGACCAGAGCGAUGGAGAAAGCCGCCGCCCUGGAGCGACCGGCAGAACCCUCGGCCCCGCCCAUGGAUCCUGGUAGCGGGAAGGGUAAAAAGGAGGAGGAGGAGGAGAUGGGCGCGGCUGCUGCCUCUAGACCGGUAGAGGCGAUGCAAGCGCCGGAAGGUUACAACCCCGAUGUGACCGUGAGGGUUACUACAGAGUGUGUCAUAUGUAUGGAGAAAGAUUCCGAUAUGCUGUUUAUGAUGUGUGGCCAUAUCUGCUGUUGUGUCAAGUGCUCUCAGCCUCUCUUCAAGUGCCCUCUAUGUCGGGGUGACAUCACCUCGAAGAUCAUCGUCGGAAACACGCCGGUGGGAUGAGAGACGUUCGACUCCCAACAUCUACGAUCAUUGCAAGUCAUAUUUAUCUAUCUUUCAGCUCGUUUUUUCACAUUUUCUGUACAAAAAUUGCCUGGGAUCUUUUGUUUGUAUAUGGACAUGUUGUGUUUGUACUCUAUAGAGUGGUGAAGUGUGACGUCAUCAAAAAUCUAAUU